UCGACAGGACUGCUAACAUGUUUCUGAUCAAAUGAGAUUGAUCUGUUAAUAUAGAUCAGAGAAAACAGGCGUCGAGGUUUUACAAUGCAGUCUUUGCGCGGCUAGUGCUUGACAGCAAGCCAUCGUUUUUGGAUAUUUUGGAUAGUGCCCUCUCUGUGGGAUCGAGUUCUUUUGAGUUCUUCAUUGGAAUCCUGAGAAGCGAUGGCAUUCGCCAUGCUGCGGCCGUUGGCGACUCAUCUGGCGUAUCCGGACGUUGCCAUGAUGUCCGAAGAUGAUGAAAAUCGCAGUGAGAGCGACGGCAGCUCGGAGCAAAGUUACGGCUGCUGUCCCAGCGCGGAGAAGCUGCGACGAAUGUCCCGCAAGUCCACCGUGAGCGGUGUGGUGAUUGUAAAACAGCGAAACGCUGCAAACGCGCGGGAGCGAGACAGAACGCAGAGCGUCAACACGGCUUUCACGGCGUUACGGACUCUAAUUCCCACCGAGCCGGUGGACAGAAAGCUGUCAAAGAUUGAGACUUUGCGCUUAGCUUCCAGUUAUAUCUCUCAUCUGGCCAAUGUGCUCCUGAUAGGGGACGGAGGAGAAGACGCGCAACCAUGCGUGAGUGCGGUGUACAGCGCGCAGCCGGAGUGCGGAGGAAAACAGCCACGCACUAUCUGUACUUUCUGCCUCAGCAGCCAACGAAAAGGGGUGAAGGAUGGAAUGGACUGUGUCCGGAUCCGGGGCAUCACUGCACUCCGCGUCACGCGCCGGUAGCAGCAGGAGAAUGAAGCCUCAACUCAGGGAGCGCGAGUGGUGAGCGAGUCUCCUCGCCAAACACGCGCAGGAUUUUCAAAAGACUCGCCAUUCAAACAGGCUUUUAUUUGAUUUUUUUAUUUGUGUUUUGUAUAGAUAUAUGAACAUUUAAAAUGCAGUGCAUACUUUUUAGUUUUCUUUAUUUUUUAAAGAGAAUUUAUAAAAUUUUCUUCAAAUUGUUUCUUUAC